ACUUUUCUUCUUUCUCUUUAAAGCAACCAAACCUCUCCAACCCUUUAAAUUUUGUUUCCCUUCCCAAUUAUAAUUUUCCUUUACUUUCCCGAGAAAAAAGAAGAAGUUCCAUAUCUCACCGGAUCCAAUGCCGGUCCCCGGCGAAACCGACGGCAAAUUCAACAAAACCAACUCCGUAGCCCACAUUCUUUCCUCCAAAACACCGCUGUUCCAUCUUAAGCUCUACGCAUUAAUAUCGAUUCUCGUGGUCUUGUUACUUCUUUUCUCUUUUAUGAUCUUCCUAUGUUUGCGUUUGAACAGAAACGCGCGCAAGCGCAAAGUGAAACAUAGCUCCGGUCUAAUCCCGUUGGUCUCUAAAGAGAUAUUGGAGAUCAAGGCGUUGAAUCAGAACGCCGAUUGCUUUGUCGAGGAGGGAAAGAUCGGAGUCUCGGUUCCCAGUAAGAGUAGUGAGGGAGUUAGCGAUGAUGUAUCGGGAGCCAGUGACGUGUCGUCGGCGGAUGCUCAGAAUAUCGGUUGGGGUCGGUGGUACAGCAUGAAGGAGCUGGAGAUGGCAACACGUGGUUUCGCAGAGGAGAAUGUGGUUGGUGAAGGUGGGUACGGCGUCGUUUUCCGUGGCGUUUUGCAAGACGGUUCCGUCGUCGCUGUAAAAAGUCUUCUUAAUAACAAGGGACAAGCAGAGAAGGAGUUCAACGUGGAAGUCGAAGCCAUUGGCAAAGUGAGGCAUAAGAACCUGGUGGGUCUGGUUGGGUACUGCACGGAAGGUGCUCAAAGGAUUCUUGUGUAUGAAUACGUCGACAAUGGGAACUUGGAACAAUGGCUGCACGGUGAUGUUGAUCCUGUUAGUCCUCUUACGUGGGAUAUACGGAUGAAGAUCGCGAUCGGAACCGCAAAAGGAUUAGCCUAUUUGCAUGAAGGGCUAGAACCAAAAGUUGUGCACCGUGAUGUCAAAUCGAGUAAUAUCCUUCUGGACAAGAAGUGGAAUGCUAAAGUAUCAGAUUUCGGAUUAGCCAAGCUCUUAGGAUCCGAAGCGAGCUACGUGACAACGCGUGUAAUGGGGACAUUCGGUUAUGUUUCACCUGAAUAUGCUAGCACGGGUAUGCUGAAUGAGGGAAGUGAUGUCUAUAGUUUCGGGGUUCUACUGAUGGAGAUCAUUACAGGGAGAAGCCCGAUCGAUUAUUCUCGGGCACCUGGAGAGAUGAACUUGGUUGAUUGGUUCAAAGGUAUGGUAGCAAGUCAUCGUGGAGAACAACUCGUGGACCCUUUGAUCGAAGUUCAACCCUCACCUCGAGCUUUGAAACGAGCCUUGCUAGUUUGUCUCCGAUGUAUUGAUUUGGAUGCCAAUAAGAGACCGAAAAUGGGGCAGAUUGUUCACAUGCUCGAAGCAGAUGAUUUUCCCUUCCGCUCUGAGCACCGACUGGCACGGGAGGGAUCCUCAGUUCCAUCCACUGUGCCGAUAUCCGCAAGAGUUCCACACCCGAAGAAGCACACCGAGAAGGUUGAUGCCAUGAAAUCGAGAAGGAAAUGAUUGCUUCUUACUCAAGGCAUUAUGGUUACUGAGGUCAGAAUAUAUUGUAGAAUAAGUUUUCCAUUUUGUCCAAAAUGAAGACUGAUUAAAACACCUUGGAUGUGCAUAUAUAUAUAUAUGUUUUCUUACUCGGUUACUUUUUAUCGCCAUUUUUGGUUUCCCCGAGCCUUGUAUAUAUGGACUUGCUUCAAUAUUGAUAUAAUACCAGAGUCUGUUUAACUCUGCAAUAUCAAAGUUCGAACUUCAGAUUUAUCG